AUAUUUGAUAACAUUUAAAUGACAAGUUUAUGAUAAAUGUACACGUUAAAAUAUUGUAUUUGAUGUCUGUUAGGAUUAUCAGUUGACGAUGAUUAUAGUUCUUGAGUGCUUCUGAGUGCUUUUUGCUGUGUGUUGAGAGUCAGGAUGGAUUGCAUCUAUGGUGUGAAUUUGGAGGAGUUGUGCCCAGUGUGUGGCGACAAUGUGUCUGGCUAUCACUAUGGUUUGCUAACAUGCGAAAGCUGCAAGGGUUUCUUUAAGAGGACAGUCCAGAACAAUAAGCGCUACACCUGUGCAGAGAACCAGGAGUGUAAAAUUGAUAAGACACAAAGAAAGCGCUGUCCUUUCUGCCGCUUCCAGAAGUGUCUCACUGUGGGUAUGCGACUUGAAGCAGUACGAGCAGAUCGAAUGCGAGGUGGCCGAAAUAAAUUUGGGCCAAUGUACAAGCGAGACCGGGCCUUAAAGCAGCAGAAAAAAGCAUUGAACCGGGAGAGCGGGCUAAAGAUGGAGUCCAUGCCACCUGUCCUUUCACCCACACAGACAGACUAUACCCUUAGUAGCACAUUACCCAAUCUGUCAGACAUUUCCAGCAGUAAAAACAUCCUCAUAAACAUUUCAUCUUCCACUACAUCUUCAGAGUAUGAGCAGGGUCUGUACCCCACACCUGGCUGUUUGAGUGUGGGUUCCCACAGCCCACUGCCUUCUCAGUAUUCUUACCAAUCGUUGCCUUGUCGCAGCAUCAAAUCUGAGUUUCCUGACCACUACACCAGUAGCAGCUCACCUGGCUCCACUGGGGGAUACACUUACACUGAUCAGACUCAGACUUUGAGCUCACUUACACCUCACACUGGUCUAGACUUGCCAGCAUUGGUUUUGGAGUUUGUGCGCUGUGAACAGGAUGAGCUGUUGGUACGGAGUAAGAUCAGCACUCACCUGGCACUUCUGCAACAGAAUCAGAGCUCCACUGAAUCAAUCUCAUCCUUUACCCUAAUGUGCCACAUCGCAGACCAAACACUGUUCUUCAUUGUGGAGUGGGCAAGAAGCUGCAACUUCUUCAAAGAACUUAAGGUGGGGGAUCAGAUGAAGUUAUUGCAUAACUGUUGGAGUGAGCUACUGGUGCUUGAUUAUAUCUCAAGGCAGGUCCAUCAUGAUGAACAAGACACUAUUUUGCUCAUUACUGGACAGAAGGUGGAUCUGACUUCUUUGCUGACGCAGGCAGGGGUGACCCUGGGUGAACUGGUGCGAGGGGCACAACAACUGGCCCAGCGUCUUCAGGAUUUACAGUUAGACUGCAGAGAGAUCGUCUGUUUUAAGUACCUCAUGCUGUUCAAUCCUGAUGUGAAGCUUUUGGAAAACCAGGAAUAUGUGAAAAAUGUGUAUCACCAGGUGAGUGGGGCAUUGCUGGAAUACACAUUGUGUGUAUAUCCACAGCACAUGGACAGAUUCAGUCAGCUGCUAGUGCAUCUACGAGAGCUACGAGUUCUAAGCACUCAGGCUGAGGAUUACCUGAGUUAUAAACACCUCAAUGGAGAGGUACCAUGCAACAAACUGCUCAUAGAGAUGCUGCACGCCAAGAGAGCCUGUGUUUGACAUAUAGACACAAAAUUCUACACUUGUACAAACACGAAUAUAUACUUGUAUGGUUAUGCACAGAAAAGGGAAAAUAAGUAUGUGUGGGGGAGUAAACAGUUAAGCAGCUCUUAAACAGAAUAAGUAUUGCACAAGCUCCUCUCUGUUAACUUUAAGCUUAUAUUACAGUAUAUAUCUAAACCAUGGCAACAGGCCCUGCCUAUAGAGCAGACAUUCAUAGAUAAACUUAUGGACUAUUCUAUGUGAACUUGUUGCAACAUAGACAGUGAUUCUUUCUAACUCUUUCUGAUCUCUGGUUGAAGAUUGUGUGGUUGUCAAAUAAAAGUUUUAUACCUG